UUUUCCUAUUAAUGAAACGCGUUACCAUGGCUGACGAUUUACUGAGAAAUAAAAACAUUUAAAUUGUAACUACAUUUAGUAAGAUGUAGAACCUAAUAUAUCGUAAUGGGAAUCACGAAGUUGGCAGAUUUAAUUCGCGGUGACGCUCCAAAUUCCAUAUCUUAUAAAGAAAUCGGGGAUUACACGGGGAAGGUAAUUGCGCUUGAUACCUCCAUUGUUGUGAACCAGUUUCGUUCAGCUGUGCCCCAUCUACGACUAAGCCCUCUGCUAGGUCUGUUUUACCGCACUCUGACCUUCCUGGAGCACGACAUCAAGCCGGUCUUUGUGUUUGAUGGCAAACCUCCCGAUCAGAAAAGAGCUGUGCUAGAGAGGAGAGCACAAAUCUUGGGAAGGAACAGCUCAUAUCACUCUAAGACAGUGUCCGCUCAGACUCAGGAAUUCCUUCGUCUCCUGAAACUCAUGGGUGUGCCUUGUAUUAUGGCUUCUGGGGAUGGAGAGGCAUUGUGUGCACACCUUGUUAGUACAGGUGUAGUGGACGCUGUGGCUUCAGAGGACAUGGACACCCUAGCAUUUGGGGGAACCACACUCCUUCGGCAGCUCAAUGCCAAGAAAGAAAGUGAGGUCACAGAGUACUCUUUGCCAAAGCUGUUGGAAACUCUACAACUGACACAAAAAGAGUUUAUUGACCUGUGUAUUUUACUGGGCUGUGACUACUGUGAUAAGAUAAGAGGCCUGGGCCCUAGACGAGCACUGAAGCUCAUUCAGCAGCACCACACCAUAGAGGAUGUGAUAUGCCACGUCAACAGAAAGACACACCCAGUUCCCUUAGACUGGAAGUACGAGGCUGCUCGCGAGCUUUUCCUAGAGGUACCUCAGGUCGAUGUACCAGAGCUGGGCUGGAACGAGGUGGAUGAAGAGGGCCUGAUGCAGUUCCUGUGCCAGGAGAAACCCAUAAAGGAGCAGAAGGUUCGAGGACGCAUGGAGAAGUUCCGGACGGCCCUCGCCAAAAGGAGAAAAGAGAGAGAAGAGGCGGAGAGAGCAGGACAAACCAGGCAAUCACGUCUUGAAGAGUACUUUCCCAAGACACGGAAGAGACAGUCUGCAGAUGCUGUAGAAUCCAGUAGUGGAAAGCGACCAAAGGCUAAAUAAAAUCGCCUCUUCUAGGGCGCAGGUUCCAACUCCAGUGAUUAACAAGUUGGUCAUCUGAAGCAGUCUAAUUGACACAGUCAAUGGGGAAAGACCAUGGCAAGAAUUUUUAUUUGAACUGUAAGUUUCUAAUGAGGGAUUAUGAUGUGUCCAUGUGGCUGAAAUGUGGUGCUUUAUUAAUGCCAACAAAAAUACUUUUCAUUUGGAUCCUAUCAUGGCCAAGACACUUUAAAUAUCCAGUGAUUUUAUUUUAAAUCAUGUGUAUAAAUGUCCAUUCUUAAAAUAUAUUUUUGUUCUUAAAUCGCCAUGCUGUAUAUGAUUUUGCUUGGGAUUAAGUUCUUCUUAAAUAGUAUGCAAUAAGAAGAUCGUGGAAAUGACUACCUCAUUGCUAAUGUAAAUGACAUGAAUAUGGUUAUAUAACAAAAACAAAUACAAUAAUAGAUUAAGAUUUAAUGUAUUUCUAAUAAAUCUGAUGCAGUACGGUU